CGGAACGCAUCGCAAUAUUGACAUGUUUGUGAUGAGGUGUGAAUCGUGAAAUCUCUGUCUCGUAGAAAUGGUUUUCAUUUAAUUAUUUCGGUUUCAUAAAGUUUUGUGAUGUUGCCUACAUACUAUUAUUUACCGAAUGAAUAAACCUAUAAAAACAAUACAACAGUGCCUAAGAGAACCCAUCGUAAAUGAGUAUAAUACCACGCAGUUAAGUCGAUUCCAUCAGGAACGAAUGGAGUGAUUCCCUAAUAAAAUAAUGAUGCAAACCAAUCUCAAAACUAAAGAAAUGUUUAUAGUCAGAGCAUUAGAAAAGAUAUUAGCCGAUAAGGACAUUAAAAGGUCCUAUCAUAGUCAAUUGAAGAAAUCUUGUGAAGUAGCCCUUGAGGAAAUCAAAGCAGAGUUGAAAAAUGGUGGACAGCCAGAAUCAUCUGAGAGUCCUACAUCGGGAACACUCCCACUUCCCAAAAAUGAUGCGUCAAACAUCAUCACCGCGGAAAAAUACUUCCUGCCUUUUGAGCUGGCAUGUCAGAGUAAGGCAGCCCGGAUAGUGGUCACUGCACUUGAUUGCCUGCAAAAAUUAAUUGCCUAUGGGCACCUUACAGGAAACAUUCCAGACUCCACCACUCCACGAAAGCUUUUGAUCGACCGAAUCGUCGAAACUAUAUGUAGCUGCUUCACCGGCCCUCAGACCGAUGAGGGAGUUCAACUUCAAAUCAUCAAAGCAUUACUUACAGUAAUUACGAGUCAACAUGUCGAAGUUCACGAAGGAACGGUCCUUCUCGCUGUUCGAACAUGUUACAAUAUUUAUUUAGCAAGUAAGAAUCUAAUUAACCAAACAACAGCCCGAGCCACACUAACACAAAUGCUUAACGUCAUAUUCACUAAGAUGGAAAAUCAAGCCUUAGAAUCUGAUGCGCAUACAACUGAUAUACAUCAUAAAUUGCCCAAUGGCAAUGUAGUCAGCGACGAAUCGCACGCUAAUCACGUAGUCGAAGAUGAAAAAGAAACACCAGUAACACCACUGGAUGAACAAGUGGAUGAUAUAAUUGAAGCUAAGAUUAUUGCAAAGCAAAUUGUGGACUCUGUCAUUGAUAAUGCCAUAUCCAUUGCUACUAAGAAGUGUUCAGAAGAUGUAAGCCAAAAUGCAUCAGAAAAUAAUGAAAAUAUCUCUGAUACCCAAGAGUCACUAGACAAUGGAAGUAUUUCCUUAGAGAAUAAUGGUCAUGUCAAUUCGGAGGCUACAAUUACAAGAAUUCCCUCGCAAGAAAGUGUUGACGUGGCGUCUGAAAAUGACAAUUCGGUAACAGCUAAAUUCACUCACGUGCUCCAAAAAGACGCCUUCCUUGUCUUCAGAGCUCUUUGUAAGCUUUCUAUGAAGCCUCUUCCUGAAGGGACCCCUGACCCCAAAUCACAUGAACUAAGAUCCAAAAUUCUUUCCCUACAUUUACUUCUUUCCAUUUUACAAAAUGCUGGACCUGUAUUUAGAAACAAUGAAAUGUUCAUCACUGCAAUAAAGCAGUACCUUUGUGUAGCAUUGUCUAAAAAUGGCGUGAGCUCAGUGCCUGAAGUUUUCGAAUUGUCAUUGGCUAUCUUCCUAGCUCUUCUUCAGAACUUUAAAGUUCACCUCAAAAAGCAAAUUGAAGUAUUUUUCAAAGAAAUCUUUAUGAACAUCCUGGAAACGUCAAGUUCGUCAUUUGAACACAAGUGGAUGGUGAUUCAAGCUCUCACUAGAAUCUGUGGCGAUGCCCAAAGCGUUGUCGAUAUUUAUGUCAACUAUGAUUGCGAUUUGUCAGCUGCCAAUCUCUUCCAGAGGCUGGUAAAUGAUGUUUCUAAAAUCGCGCAAGGUAGACAAGCUUUGGAAUUGGGUGCAACACCCAAUCAAGAGAAGUCUAUGCGUAUUAGGGGACUCGAAUGUUUAGUGUCGAUAUUAAAGUGUAUGGUAGAAUGGAGCAAAGAACUUUACAUCAAUCCAAACCUGCAAACAACUUUGGGUGAAAGAACAACUAAAGAAGACACAGAUCAUCAUAGUAUUAAAUCCCACGGUGGAUCUAGUCUCAGUCUCGUUUCGACAGGGUCUAGUAACAUAGGCAAUAGAGAAACAUUAGAUUCUCCUGAACAGUUUGAAGUACUGAAACAACAGAAAGAAGUAUGGGAGACUGGUAUUGAUCUGUUUAACCGUAAACCUAAGAAAGGUGUUGCAUUUUUGCAAGAGCAAAGCUUGCUUGGUACAUCAACUAAAGAAAUAGCUGAAUGGUUACUAACAGACGAAAGGCUCGAUAAGACGUUUAUAGGAGAAUAUUUAGGUGAAAAUGACGACCAUUCCAAAGAAGUGAUGUAUGCUUAUGUAGACUCGAUGAAUUUCUCGAACAUGGACAUAGUGGCAGCCCUUCGUUAUUUCUUAGAAGGCUUCAGAUUACCUGGUGAAGCUCAAAAGAUUGACAGGCUGAUGGAAAAAUUCGCUUCACGUUACUGUGAAUGCAAUCCUACCAAUACGUUAUUCACAAGCGCCGAUACAGUUUACGUCCUCGCCUUCUCAAUCAUAAUGCUAACGACCGAUUUGCACUCGCCACAAGUUAAGAACAAAAUGACAAAAGAACAGUAUAUCAAACUGAAUAGCGGCAUAAGUGACAAUAAUGACUUGCCUCGCGAGUAUUUGUCUCAAAUUUACGACGAAAUAGCUGGUCAUGAGAUCAAAAUGAAAAACGUAUCGAAACCAGGUAAACACAUGAUCGCUAAUGAAAAGAAAAGAAAAUUUAUUUGGAACAUGGAAAUGGAACAGAUAUCAACGGCAGCUAAGAAUCUAAUGGAAUCGGUUUCGCAUGUUCAGACGCCAUUUACAACGGCGAAACAUGUAGAACACGUGCGGCCGAUGUUCAAAAUGGCUUGGACACCAUUCCUUGCAGCUUUUUCAGUAGGACUACAAGAUUGCGACGAUCCUGAAAUAGCUUCACUGUGUCUCGAUGGCAUUCGAUGCGCGAUUCGAAUCGCAUGCAUAUUCCACAUGUCGCUGGAAAGAGACGCGUAUGUCCAAGCAUUAGCACGGUUCACGCUCCUAACAGCUAAUUCACCAAUUACAGAAAUGAAGGCUAAGAAUAUUGAUACGAUAAAAACUUUGAUAACAGUCGCUCAUACAGACGGAAACUACCUAGGUUCAAGUUGGUUAGAUGUAGUGAAAUGUAUUUCACAACUAGAACUGGCGCAGUUGAUAGGUACAGGCGUAAGACCUCAGUUUUUGUCAGGGUCGGGAAUUAAACCGCAGCCAGACGCUCUGAAGUUUAGCUUGAUGGCUCUUGACCCCAGUGUCAAGGAACAUAUUGGAGAAACCAGUUCACAAAGUGUAGUAGUGGCCGUAGACAGAAUAUUUACAGGGUCUACUAGACUCGAUGGUGACGCUAUUGUAGACUUUGUGAAAGCCUUAUGCCAAGUAUCACUUGACGAACUAAGCCAUCCGACGAAUCCUCGUAUGUUCUCUCUACAGAAAAUAGUCGAGAUUUCCUACUACAACAUGGGACGUAUUCGGUUGCAGUGGUCACGUAUUUGGCAAGUUUUAGGAGACCACUUUAACAAAGUUGGCUGUAGUGGCAAUGAGGAUAUAGCAUUCUUCGCGGUCGAUUCUUUGAGACAGCUGUCGAUGAAGUUCAUAGAAAAGGGAGAAUUUGCCAACUUCAAAUUCCAAAAGGACUUUUUGCGACCUUUCGAGCAUAUUAUGAAAAAGAACAAUUCCCCAACGAUCAGAGAUAUGGUGGUGCGAUGUAUCGCGCAGAUGGUGAAUUCCCAAGCGCCGAAUAUAAAAUCUGGUUGGAAAAACAUUUUCUCCGUAUUCCAUUUGGCAGCGAGCGAUCAAGACGAGGCGAUCGUCGACUUAGCAUUCCAGACUACGGGCAAGAUUAUAACAGAACUGUACGAGAAGCAGUUCCCAGCCAUGAUCGAUUCAUUCCAAGAUGCAGUCAAAUGUCUAUCAGAAUUCGCGUGUAAUGCUAAGUUCCCCGAUACUUCAAUGGAAGCAAUAAGACUUGUUCGGUCAUGUGCGUCUGCUGUGGGGGCGUCGCCGCAUUUAUUUGCAGAGCAUGCGGGCUUAGAAGGAGAGCAAGGGGCUCCCGAAGAGGAUAGAGUGUGGUUAAGAGGUUGGUUUCCACUAUUGUUUUCGCUAUCAUGCGUCGUCAGUCGCUGUAAACUAGACGUUCGCACAAGAGGUCUAACUGUUCUGUUUGAGAUUAUAAAAACACACGGCGAUUCAUUCCGUCCGCAUUGGUGGAGAGACCUUUUUAACAUCCUGUUCAGAAUAUUCGACAAUAUGAAGCUCCCUGAACAUCAACUAGAAAAGAACGAGUGGAUGACAACUACUUGCAAUCACGCUUUGUACGCGAUCGUCGACGUAUUCACCCAGUAUUUUGACAUUCUCGGAACUCUCCUUCUAGAGCAGUUGUAUGCGCAGUUGCAUUGGUGUGUGCAACAAGACAAUGAACAAUUAGCCAGGUCGGGAACCAACUGUUUGGAAAAUCUAGUCAUUUCGAACGGAACCAAAUUCAAUGAAGACACUUGGAGUAACACUUGUCAGAUUAUGUUGGAUAUCUUCAACAGCACGUUACCAACUACCCUCCUAACUUGGAAGCCGGAAGAGAACGAUGAGGCGGAUAAUCCUCAUGUUCGACACGGGAUCUUAAAGAAACCGCAAGUGGGAGACGAAGCGAAAUCAUCGAAUAAGAUCUUUAACAGUUUACUAAUAAAGUGCGUAGUUCAACUCGAACUGAUUCAGACUAUCGACAAUAUUGUUUUCUACCCGGCAACAUCCAGAAAGGAAGAUGCAGAGACUUUGGCUUUGGCUGCUGCUGAAUUGACGGGGUCCACUCCAGGGACGGAACAAGAAUGCCAACGAGAAGAGCAAGGAAUGUAUCGGUUGCUAAGUUCUCCACAUUUGCUGCGUCUGGUCGAAUGUCUGAUGUGCAGUCACCGAUUCGCGAAAACUUUCAAUACGAAUAACGCGCAAAGAAACGUGCUGUGGAAAGCGAAUUUCAAGGGCUCUGUGAAACCGAAUAUGUUGAAACAGGAAACGCAGUCUUUGGCGUGCGUUUUGAGGAUAUUGUUCAAAAUGUACAGUGACGAAGCGAGGAGGGACCACUGGCCAGCUGUGCAGAAGAGUUUGAUCAGCAUUUGCUGCGAAGCGCUGGAAUACUUCGCCAGCGUGACGAACGAAGCCCACAGAGAUGCCUGGACGUCGAUUCUGCUGCUGAUCCUCACGAGAAUACUGAAGAUGCCUGAUGAAAGAUUUGCGGCACACGUAUCAAGUUACUACCCUCUCCUGUGCGAGAUCACGUGCUUCGACCUCAAGCCCGAGCUGCGUUCCGUUCUACGACGAGUCUUUAUUCGCAUCGGCCCGGUUUUCAAUAUCGUCACCAAUGCGCAGUAAACGAUUAUAAGUAGCGUUACUACACUAGCGAAUGUCUCAUUUCUGACACUAGAGAGCGCUAGUGGACUUAAAAGUGCUGACCUCUGGUGGUAAGUUUCAGUAAGUUAUGCGCGCUCUAUGGGUGUAAUACUCUAGUUAUUGGUAGGAGAUUUUUCUUGUGGUUUUCAAGCAACACUUUGCUUCACUGAUUGGUGAUAACGUACCAAAAUGGUAUGUUUGAAUUACAUCAUUUAUAUUUAAUUUUGCUUUGUUGAAAAUUUGACAUUUGCUAGUGCGAUAAGGCUGAAAAAAUGUGCUCCCUUAUAGUAAAACCAUGGUUUCGAAACUGUUUAGUCCAAAAUGAGAUUGUCGUCUUUCUUGUUUAACUUGACCAGGUUUUAAUAUCAGCGGGCCUUAAAAACAAUAUGGCCUUAUAGUUCUGUAGGUAAACUGACUUCGUGUUAACGUUAAAUAAAAAACAUUUCGUUGAAUCCUUAAAUUUUAAUGUAAACAUUGACAGCAUUCAGUACUUCACUAGUAUUAAAAGUGAUCUAUUAUAAUUAGGGUGUAGUAGUUCGUCGUAAUUUAUAUAAAUUAUUAUUUUAUUAUCAUUGGUUAAAAAUUAUAAUUGUAUAAUAAAAAAACAUUAAAGUUGUAUCUAUAAAUUUAUAGUUUAUUCUGUAUAUUUGAAGUUUUAAUGUUUGGCUUCAUACAUUGUUAGGCUGGGCGUCGUAAGGAGCGUUUUACAA